UGGGACCAACCCAACAUUAAUGCAAUUCUUCCCACCUUCCUCUAAAAAUACCCCUCAUUUUUUUUUCUCUCUUCUAUUUUUGCAACUAUCAUCAUUUAUUCAUAUUCACUCACUACUGCUCUCUCAGGAAAAAAAAAUUCAAGCUUUUUUGCUCCAAUUUUCUAAAGAAAACCCCCAAAUUUUCUUAAGUUUUUUUACUUUGAUUCAGUGUUGGGUUUGGUUUGCAGCUAGAAAAAAGGAAGAGUUGAAGAGAUAGUGGGGGUUUGAUGGGGAUUUGCUUAAGUGCUAGAAUCAAAGCUGAGAGCCCAAAUAACACAGGGUUGAGUUCGAACUAUGUUAGUGGUGAUACGAGCAGCAGGGUCUCGUCGGUUUCGGUGCCAUUGACGCCUCGGACCGAGGGUGAGAUCUUACAGUGCACCAAUUUGAAAAGCUUCAGUUUUGCUAAUCUCAAAACGGCCACCAGGAAUUUCCGGCCCGACAGUGUGCUCGGAGAAGGUGGUUUUGGGUCUGUGUUUAAGGGGUGGAUCGAUGAAAAUUCGUUUAAUGCUUCGAAACCUGGAACUGGCAUUGUUAUUGCUGUGAAAAGGCUUAACCAGGAAGGGUUCCAAGGUCACAAGGAGUGGUUGGCUGAAGUGAAUUAUCUCGGACAGCUUUAUCAUCCAAAUCUUGUGAAAUUGAUCGGAUAUUGCUCGGAAGAUGAACAUCGUAUGUUGGUGUACGAGUUCAUGCCUCGUGGCAGCUUGGAGAAUCAUUUAUUCCGGAGAGGUUCUUAUUUCCAGCCACUUUCUUGGGAUCUUCGGAUGAAGGUCGCACUCGGUGCUGCUAAAGGACUCGCUUUUCUCCAUAGUGCUGAAAUAAAAGUUAUAUAUCGAGACUUCAAGACUUCUAAUGUCUUGCUUGAUUCGAACUACAAUGCAAAGCUUUCAGAUUUUGGAUUGGCCAAAGACGGACCAACAGGUGACAAGAGCCAUGUUUCGACCAGGGUAAUGGGGACUUACGGAUAUGCUGCUCCCGAGUAUUUAGCCACAGGUCAUUUGACUGCCAAGAGUGAUGUUUAUAGUUUCGGAGUUGUGUUACUAGAGAUGUUAUCCGGUCACCGAGCGGUUGAUAAAAAUCGACCUUCCGGAGAGCAUAGUCUAGUGGAUUGGGCCAAACCUUACCUAGCCAACAAGAGAAAAAUGUUCCGUGUGUUAGAUUCCCGUCUCGAAGGCCAGUACUCGAUGGAAGGAGCCUUCAAGGUUGCUACCCUUGCUUUACGAUGCAUUUCUACUGAACCCAAAUUCCGACCGAGAAUGAACGAAGUUGUAAUAGUAUUGGAACAACUCCAAAAUUCCAAUGAAUCUGGAAGUAAUCUGAGCAACAACACUAGCAGUACACCCCGGAUACGUAGGCGAAGUGCAGACAAUCCUAGUGGUGGAAGGAGUACUACUACUACGGCGUACCCUCGGCCAUCGGCUUCGCCUCUUUAUGACUGAAAAUGAAAACUGAAGUUCUUCUCUGGCGGUUCCAGAAUGAUCUCUGCAACCCGAGGCAUUCGGCAUUUUAUAACCUGUUAGUGUACAGUUUUGUUUAAAAAUGGAUGUAAAAAAAAUCUAUACAAUUGCAAGUGCAAACCCUAGAAACAUGGGUGUGUGUGUGCAAUAUUGUAUUUAUUUUUGAAAAGGUCUUGCUUUUUUUUCUAGCCAUGCUUCGGACUCCAUUUUAUAAUCAAAUAUUAUUUUAUUUUAUUAUUA